AUGGCCAUACCUCCGGAAGUAGCAAAUGACGCAUUGAAUGACACACUCGCUGUCGUACAAUCGCUCAUGAAGUGGUGCAUCAAGGUGAAGGAGGGUGAUCCCGAGGCCUUAAGGCUGUCGGACGAGAUUGCCAGGCGUGUGGCAAAAGACUUGAAACUAUACAGUGGGGAUGCUACAUCAUUCUCCCCACAACUACUCUCAUUUGCCACUGUUGUGAGACAGCACUCGAAGGCCGGCGCCUUUGAAAAUGUCCCCGACUGGACCUCCAUCACCAAUGACGACCCACGGAUACAGAGCCACCCACGAUUUGAGAAGACCGUGCACUAUUGCCCCCCCUCCACGCUCAGCAUUCCCGCCAUCGCGACAUCGACUGAUAUUCCUGCUACCGCCCCGACAACGCCGGCCCUCAUUGUUCCGCCAUCAGCAGCCUCGACUCCACCAUCCAUGCCAUCCCACACGGUCCCGGGUCUCGUCACCAAGCCAGCAGUGGAACCAAAACGAUCUUUGCAGUUGCGAUCGUGCAAGAACCCACCCGUUCUCGCACGCUUUUCAACAGGUCCACCCGCAAGGUUUCUCCACCUGUAUAUGUCCGAGGCUGAGAAGAAACAGUUUUUGGAGGCCGGCGGCAGCAAUAAAAGGAAGGCAGAAGAUCAAGAUGCUGAUGGGGCCGUUGUGGUGGCCAACAAGAAGAGGAAGUCCAAAUCCGAUGUCGAACAAGAGCCAACCGGAGUCAUCUAUGCACCUAACAGCUUACCGCUCCAGGAAUUACCGCCUGUUGCUACUGACAAGGAUGUUCCGCUAGUUGCAGACAAGGGUUUCCGGGAUGUAGAAGCUCGGGUAUGUGAUUUCUCGGAUUCUGAUGUCGCUACUCCGUGGCAGCAUUCUGUUCGUUACCACCCCCGGCAGUGCGACAAGUGCGCCAAGUUGGACAUAGCCUGCCUUGUCCUCCACGACAAGAAAUUCGGGUACACACGCCUUGCCUGCGCCAAUUGCGACAACAAGAAGAUCACGUGUGCAAUCGACGGUGUUGGUGUCCGGCAGAGGUUGCAAGGUAAGGCAGCGAAAGCAUCCUCUGAUGCGCCCAAAGGCCCCAAGAAAUCCAAGUCCCGAGCUGUCUCCAAAACACUCGCGGCGCAUCCUUCUCGCUCUCAAUGGAGCAUUGUUGUUCACGAAGGGGCGGAGAAAAAGCCCAUGGAGGUCCUUCCGGGUCGGCCUCAAAUGCAGCCGGAACAUGGGCAAUCCGCACCCACCAACCUGCUGGAACCAGAGCCCACUGCAAGAGAAAUCUUACAGGGCAUCCAGGACCUCGGUAGGAGAUUGGAUCUCCUCGCCGCCAAUGAGCAGGUAGAUGCAUUGGAAGUCAGAGUGGGUUCGGUGGAGACCAACCUGCUCAAGUGGUUGGACAAGUUAGAGCAACGGCUCAAUGAAUCCGAUGCCUGGUGCAAAUCUUUGGAAUCCCUAGGAUAG